GUGAAUAUCUUGUAUAAUUCUUCCAUAGCUGUUAAUUCUUCUCCGGUGCAGUAUCCUUUUUGUCUUGGUUUAGGCUAUUUAGCCACAAUAAUCUCAGCAUGAAAUCCUGCGCAAUAAUUUUAUAUGCUGUGAAUUGUUGCGAUAAUUUGGUUAAUUAUAUUGCUGAAAGAUCAGCUCAGCUCAAACGUCUUCGGCUCGUAUGUUCCUAUAAUGUCUCAAGCGAGGGGUUGAGUGCAGCAGUUAAGGAGUUCCCGUUAUUGGAGGAACUGCACCUUUACUACAUCUCAAUCACCAAAGAAGCCAUUGAAACUAUAGGCCGUUCUUGUCGUGCUUUAAAGUCUUUUAAGUUGAACAACCAGAUCUGUAGACACCCCUACAUUGAAUACGAUGAAGAGGCAAUAGCAAUCGCACAGAACAUGCCUGAACUGCACCACCUUCAACUCUUUGGAAAUAAGAUGACAAAUGAAGGAUUGGAAGCUCUUCUUAAUGGUUGCCCUCACCUUGAAUCACUUGAUCUACGACGAUGUCUUAAUGUCCAUCUAGUAGGGAAUGUAGGGAACCGAUGUUUUCAACAGAUCAAACAUUUAAGACAUCCUCAGGACCCCUCCGAAGAUUAUGGACUUGAUGCUGAAAUUCACGAUUUUGAAUCAUUUGAUGAGGAUUACCCAUCUGGAUUUUCUGACAUCGACCUCAUCUCGGAUGCCGAUGAUUAUUAUGAAUUUUCUGAUGCCAGCAACUAUUCUGAUGAUGAUGAUGAGAUGUUCAUCGAAUCUUGACUGCCCUUCUAUUCUGUUUAUGGUAAAUUGUAUUAAUCUCUCGGUAAAAAGUUGGUUGGGUGCGUUGCCUCUCUACCUCUUCGGAGGUAGCGGUAUGGACUGCGUACAUCUUACCCUCCCCAAACCCCACUUUGUGGGAAUACACUGGGUUUGUUGUUGUUGUUGCAUUAAUCUCUCGGUUUUUGUGUCAUUUGUACACCUAUCUUCUUGUUUUGGAUCCUUCAAUUUUCUAUGUCCUUUUUCUCUUUAUUAUGUUGUUAGAUUAUAGACGAGUGUGGAAGAGUAUAAUUAGUUGACUGGUUUGUUGAGCCUCAAGAAUAUGAAGGAAUCUCUUUCCGAUA